CGUUAGAGCAAUACGGUAAAUUGAUUCCGCGUAAAUAUCGUAAAGCCUGCACGAAGCAAAUAGACCGCUCCCGAGUGAACGCCGUCAAAAGACACGCAAAAAUCGAGCGCCUCCUUUGACGUCAUAUACCCCCCCCCACACACACACACACACACAGUGCACCGAGCAAAAGCUGAUGGUGGAACUUCAGACCCUCAUGUAGAGAAGUCAAUUUAUAUUCCAGGAUGAGAAGAUCGAAAGUGGCGGUAGUGGGCGCGGGUGUGGUGGGUGUGUCCACAGCCGUGUGUGUGGCUGAGAAGCUCCCCAGCUGCUCUGUCACCCUGUUGUCCGACAAGUUCACCCCGGACACCACCAGCGACGGCGCGGCUGGUAUGCUCAUUGUGGAUCAAUAUCCAGAUAUUCCUUUGGAACGCCAAAGAUGCUGGUUCCGAGACAGCUUUGACCACCUACUGGCCAUCGUGCAGUCCCAAAAUACACUUGAGACUGGAGUGCUUCUCAGCUCCGGCUUUCACAUUUUCAAGGAGCCCCCUGUCAACAAGAAGCCCUACUGGUGGGAUUUCGUGCUUGGCUUUCGCUUCUUGAGCGAACGCGAACUGCGGCGCUUUCCCGAGUACACGUUUGGCCAGGCCUUCACCACCAUCAAGUGUGAAUGCUCCACCUACCUACCCUGGCUACACCAAAGGUUCACGAAAGCCGGCGGUAAAGUGGAGCAGAAGAAAGUGUCCAGUCUCGAGGAGCUGAGCCCGGACUACGACGUCAUCGUCAACUGCUCGGGCUUAGGCUCCAAAGACCUGGUGGCGGACAACGAGGUCUACCCUGUCCGGGGCCAGAUCCUGAAGAUGGACGCCCCCUGGCUGCAUCACUUCAUCCGGCUAGAAAAAGGGACGACAUACAUCUAUCCCGGCUCACGCUACGUCACCCUCGGUGGAACCCGGCAGGAGGGAGACUGGCGCCUAGGGGUGGACCCCGGGGACUCAGAGUCCAUCCUGAAGCGCUGCACCCAGCUGGAGCCCUCUCUGCGUGGGGGUAAAGUGCUCGGGGGGUGGGUCGGGUUCCGGCCCUCCAGGAGGAAUCCCAGAGUGGAAAGGGAGGUGCCCCGGCUGGGCGGCGGGGCACAUGUGGUGCACAACUACGGCCAUGGGGGCUUCGGCGUCGCCCUGGCUUGGGGGACGGCCAUAGAUGCCACCGGGAUGGUCAGAAGCUGCCUUCAAGAAAGGUAUCCUCACGCUAAGCUGUGAUCUCGGCCACAAAAUCAUCACAAACUAACUCAAGGGGCUAACCGACUUUUUUUUUCAAUAUCGUGAUUGCGAUUAUAUUUUUAACAUCUAGAAAUAAAAUCAUCUGUAUUCCCUCUGCUCUGGGCUGCUCUGAGAAGUUCUAAUGAAUCAAUAAAUUGAAUAAUAUAUGAUUAUAUUCCUAAUAAAAAAAAAACUUGAUUGUGA